UUAUUUUUAUCUUUCGUCCUCCCGUCUUCCCGAGUUUGAGUCCUUCCAACAUGAAGUCAUGAUCGGCGUGAUCCAAUUCGUGUUCGUUUCCUCUCUACUGGACUCUCUAGCAAUUAUGUAUGCUGCACGCUUUGUGCAGAUGCAGCGAUAUCAACGGAGUUUUACGGACGCCUUACAGAGUGCAUAUUACUACUUACCUACCAGCGCAGUCCCUCAUGAGAGAGACCAACAAAGUUGUCUUUGCCUGCCUCCCAAAUACAUAAGCCCUAUCACCCAUUCAUCUGUACCGUGAACCGUAAGCACACACACUCAAGCAUUCAGCUCCCACUUCAGCUCCCCA